UUGUCAGUGCAUCAAUACCUCUUGUAGCAUGAACAUGUCCGUCGUAAAAUAGGAUCUUUAUAGUAUUAAUAGUGAUAUUUUUCCGUGAUUAUAACUUUGUUAGUUUUAAGAGGAUGUGUUUUAUUUUGAAGUGUGCUGUCAUUCUUGCUUUGUACAACGCUACGCUGGCACUAGUUAGAAAUAGGACAAACCAAAGUGAUUCGGAUUUGGUUCGUCUCAAACGUGGAUCAGAUUGCGAUGACUCCUUCAACUUCCGGUGCAGCGAUGGAACUUGCAUCAGCGCUGACAAGAAGUGUGAUGGUGUGGGAGACUGCCCCGACGGUUCAGACGAGAGGUUCCACAUGUGCAGGAACGUCAGGUGCCCAUAUUACCACUUUCGAUGCACGUACGGAGCUUGCGUCGAUGGUACAGCUUCCUGCAAUGGUGUCAAGGAGUGUAUGGACAACUCGGAUGAACUGCAACCGGCCUGCCAGAAGAAAAGCAACAUCUUUGGUGAAAAAUUUAUUUGCAAGAACGGUGAAAUGAUAGAUGUUUAUCAGAUCUGUGAUGGAACCACUGAGUGCAGUGAUAAUAGUGAUGAGACCUUGGAGACCUGCGCGAGCACUGUUUGCCCAUCACAUUUGUUCCAAUGUGCGUAUGGCGCAUGCGUUGAUGCUGGGGCCGAGUGCAAUAAUUUGCAGGAAUGCGCUGAUAAUUCUGAUGAAUGGGAUCUUCUGUGCAAUAAGACGUCUACCACAACAACAACCACCACGGAGACCACGGAGACAAGUCGGUCGUCCUGCGUCUUGCCAGAUCAUCCAAAGUUCGGAAUAUACAGCCUAGCUGACGGUAGCAAAUAUGUUCCAAGGAGUGUUCAAGAAAAUUUGGUGGUUCUGAGCCUCACAUGCUACCCAGGAUAUAAAAGUGUAGGGGAAAUGGCCACUUACUGUCAUGAAGGGUCAUGGUCUACCGAUUUACCUUAUUGCGCCCGGACGUGUAAAUUGGAUAAAUCACCAAGUAUUGAGUACAGAUGUAUUACUAAUGACGAAGGGACCAGGGCGUGCGAGGAUUACGAAGUGGAGGGUACCAUUGUCCAGCCUCAGUGCAGGGAGCCCAACUACUACAGUCUCAGCGACCUGUACUACAUGGUCUGCCGUGAUGGACAAUGGAAUUACCAACCGAAGUGUGAAGCUGAAUGUGGUACAUUGACCCCACGCGCGACUCCCUUGGUGUUGGGCGGGCGGACUGCGGACGUUGGCGAAGUCCCCUGGCACGCGGGGAUCUACAGCAAGCUGACGGAGCCUCCAAUACAGAUAUGCGGGGCUUCCUUGGUCAGCGACACCGUACUGGUCUCUGCCGCUCAUUGCUUUUGGUUCAACGAAAAUACUGAGCCAGCAGAAAACUAUGCAGUGGCGGUUGGCAAGCUGCAUAGAGACUGGGAUCAUCAUCUAGACAUGGACUAUCAGCAGACUUCUGAUGUGCAAUCCAUCUACGUCUCCCAUUACUAUCGAGGAUCGUCCAUGAACUACCAGCACGACCUGGCCAUCGUAAUCGUCACCCAGCCCUUCUCCUACCGUCCGUACAUAAGACCUAUAUGUGUGCAUUUCCCUCAUGAUGCGACAGAAAUGGCGAUCAAAAACGACGACCUCGGGAAGGUAGCUGGUUGGGGUCUCACGACGGUCCACACUGGCUCCGAGUCCCCCACGCUAAAGGUCCUGGACGUGCCUUUUGUUGAUUUUGACACCUGCCUCCAGAACACACCAGAAUACUACCGGGAAUUCUUCAGCAGCGAUAAGAUCUGUGGUGGCUACGCUAAUGGUACAAGUCUCUGUAAGGGUGACAGCGGUGGUGGGUACGCCUUCCCCUUCAAGCUUAACGGCCGCACCAGGUACUACCUCCGCGGUGUCGUGUCCACAAGCCCACCGCUGCCUCUAGGAUUGUCAUGCAACAUAUACACGUACACGAGCUUCACGGAUAUCAUGCAACACAAAAGAAUCAUCAUGACGCAUAUGCAUUGACUUUUAAAGCUAUUUUGAUGUGAAAAAAAAUUGUUCAUAGUAAUCAAAAAAUGUUGUAAAUUUGUACCUAUGGGAGACGUGUCAUUGAAAAGGGGGAUUCUGAUUAAUAGACUGUGUUUCGAUGACAGAUAAAAAAAAUAUCUAAUGACAGGUUUUUUUUUUUUUAAUAAAAAUAAUUCAAAUGUAUAUAUACAUUUUAUCUAUAUUAGUAAGUGUUUUGUUACACUGAAAAUUUAUAUAAAAAUGUACGGAUGUAUAUAUGUAGACAUCUUUAUUUCGUAAAAUUUUUGUUACGUGUUAGAUGACAUGUCUGUUGUAAUUGUAUAAAUAUAAUGUUUUUUAACAUA